AUGCCAAUCAACCACGUCAUCAUCUCCGGCGCCGGCCCCUCGGGCCUCCUCCUCGCCCUCCUCCUCGCCCGCCACCCCUCCCCGCAACCCAUCAACAUCACCCUCUUCGACGCCGGCAACGGCUUCGACCCGCGUCCCCGCGCAGCCUACUACGGCCCCGCCUCCGUCCCCGUCCUCGCGCGCGCCGGCGUGCUGCCCGACAUCCGCACCCGCGGCUUCUCGCCCAAGUGGAUGACGUGGAAGAAGCUGUGGGACGCGCAGCGGCACGCGGCCCGGCCCGGCGACGGUGCGGAGCUGCUCGGCCGUAUCGAUCUGGACAGCGGCGAGGGGGAUCGGACGGCUUGUUUGGCGUUGGAUGAGCUGGGGGCGGUGUUGUUGGAGCAUCUUGAGGGGGUGGCGAGCACCAGGGAGGGGAUCAGGGUGGUUUGGGGGGCGAGGGUGUGUGGGGUUGGGGAGGAGGAGGGGGAGAAGGGGGGUAAGGGGAGGGCGUGGGUGGAUGUUGAGGUUGGGGAGGGGGAGAAGGGGAAGAGGACGGAGAGGCAUUAUGCGGAUUAUGUGGUUGGGUGUGAUGGGGCGGGUAGUGCGGUGAGGAGGCUGUUGUUUGGGGAGAAGACGUUCCCGGGAAGGACGUGGGAUGAGCAGAUUGUUGCUGCGAAUGUCUACUACGACUUCACGCGCUGGGGCUACACAGACAUCCAGUUCUUCAUCCACCCGGAGCACUGGCACAUGGUCGCCCGCCUGGCCGGGCCGCCCAAGGAAUACUGGCGCGUGUCGUACGGCGAGCGGUCCGGGCUAAGCCACGAGGAACUGCGCGAGCGAGUGCCGGCCAAGUUCGCCGCCAUGCUGCCGGGUAACCCGCAGCCCGGCGACUACGAGAUCGCCGGCUUCAGCCCUUACCGCGUGCACCAGCGACUGGCGCCCAGCAUGCGCGUCGGCAGGAUCAUGCUGGCCGCCGACGCGGCGCACCUGUGCAACCCUUUCGGCGGCCUCGGACUGACGGGCGGCAUCGUCGACGUGGGCGGGCUGUACGACUGCCUGGCCGGCAUCCACGACGGGCAGGCGGACGAGUCGAUCCUCGACGUCUACAGCGACGUGCGGCGGCGCAUGUGGACCGACGUCAUCGACGGCGUGUCGAGCGACAACAUCCGCCGCCUGUUCGGCCAAGACCCGGACCGCGCGGCCGAGACGGACGACUUCAUCAAGCUGAUCAACGUCGCUGAGAAGGACGACAAAGUGAGGGAUGAGCUGAGGGCGGGCCUCCAUGCGAUCCAGUACGAUUUCAAGCAGCAUUACCGCAACGCGCAAGCUCCUUCUUCCUCUUCACUUCCCGCAGAGAAGGAUGCGACGGAGAUGAGGAACGGUAGCCACGCCAAUGGUUCCGCCGUCGGCAUCGCUGUGACAACGAACUGA